GGUACAUGUACCUCCAUACCCGUAUAUUUCCUCCGCUUUGUUUUUCCUAUUGUUUAUUUUUACUCCUUUCCCCUCUCAGAGAAUCUGUGGCCGGGAUAACAUCGGCGAUGCCUAAGAAAAUCGGUUGUAAGAGGUACCCGACUUCCUUACUCGAAAUUGAAGCCCUGUGAUACAAUUAUGGACGUCGAAGUCGCCUCACAUCCGUCGAUGGCGUGAUCGCUCGCCGCAUUUGUCAUCACCACAACGAUAUAUAUAAGCGUCUGUACUCGUCAUCUGCCUGACUGGCAUAUGUACCGAAAGUACACAUCAGCUCACAGUACCAUAACUUCAAGUCUUGGACUCUUGCAGACGGCAUGCCGGAGCCAAAAUCGUUGCAUCUCACCGCCUUCAUGCGGCCGGUUAGUCUGCACACCGGCGCAUGGCGGUACCCAGGCUCGUAUGCGGACGCCAACUUCAACCUCGGGCACCUCAAGUCCUUCAUCCAGAAGCUCGAGGCGGCCAAGUUCGACGCCUUCUUCAUGGCAGACCACCUGGCUGUGCUGAACAUGCCCGUGGAGGCGCUGAAGCGCAGCCAGACGGUGACGUCCUUCGAGCCCUUCACGCUGCUGUCGGCGCUGUCGGCGGUGACGGAGCGUAUUGGGCUCGCGGCGACGGCGUCGACCACAUACGACGAGCCGUUCCACGUCGCCCGGCGCUUCGCCUCGCUGGACCACCUCAGCGGCGGGCGCGCCGCCUGGAACAUCGUCACCACCGGCAACCCGGAGUCGGCCAAGAACUUCAGCCGCGACGAGCACAUGGAGCACGGCGACCGGUACAAGCGCGCCCGGGAGUUCUACGACGUCGUCACGGGCCUGUGGGACAGCUUCGCCGACGACGCGUUCGUGCGCGACCAGCAGACAGGCAUAUUCUUCGACCCGGACAAGAUGCAUGUCCUCAACCACGAGGGCGAGAACCUGAAGGUGAGAGGCCCGCUGAACAUUGCCCGGCCUGUUCAGGGUUGGCCCGUCAUCGUGCAGGCCGGCCAGUCCGAGCCGGGCAGGCAGCUGGCCGCGGAGACGGCCGAGGCGGUCUUCUGCGCCCCGCGGGAUAUUGAGUCGGCCAAGGCGCUGUACAGCGAUAUCAAGGGGCGCGCGGUGGCCGCGGGCCGCAACCGCGACCACCUCAAGAUCCUGCCGGCAGCCCUCAUCGUCAUCGGUGACACGGUGGAAGAGGCGAGGGCCAAGCGCCUCGAGCUUGACAGCCUCGUGCACUAUGACAGCGCCGUUGCGUCGCUGUCGAUCGCGCUCGGCGCCGAUGCGUCCGCCUUCGACCCGGACGGCCCGCUGCCGGCGGACCUUCCGGAGACGAACGCGAGCAAGUCCAGCCGUGCUGGAGUGCUGAAGCUUGCCGAGGAGGAAGGGCUGACGGUCCGGCAGCUCGCGCAGCGGUACGGUGGCUAUUCCGGGCUCGCGUUUGUGGGCACCCCCGAGACGAUCGCCGCCGAGCUGGGUACGUGGCUGGCUGAGGAGGCGGCCGAUGGCUUCACUGUCGUCUUCCCGUUCCUGCCGCAGGGCCUCGACGAUGUUACUCAGCGGCUGGUGCCUGAGUUGCAGCGCCGGGGUAUCUUCCGUCGAGACUACGAGGGGACUACGUUGAGGGAACACCUUGGCCUUCCGCGGCCGAAGAACCAGUUUUUCUAAGAAGUAAAAUAUGGCUUGAUGGUCGAGAGACCAGUGUUUGUAUUAAUUAUCGUCGGGAGGAAGAUGGGUACAAAACAUAAAGUUCACCACGCAAUAAUGCA